GGGGGAUGUGGAGACCAAAGCCCAAACUAACAAUUUCUCCAGCAUAAAAAUGAAACAUCAAAUUCGUUAGCCCAGGGCCUUCAUUUUUCCCCUUCCACAUUAUAACUAGUUAUUGAACUCACUGGAAGAUCUAAAGGCCAUUUGCGAAGAGACAAAUUUCAAUGGAGUUUCCCCAUCAAUAACUCUAUGGCAGUGACCUAUUGGAACAAGUCAAACAACCGAGGUGAAAUGCGGGUCACUCUGUCUAACCAAUAUUAAAAUGCGUCCACUUUUUAAAAAGCCACUUUAAACGAGAUUUGAAGAAAAUUGAAUUCCAGGGAAAGGAAGGGGAAGGGGGGCGAGUCAGAAGAGGACCUUGUCCAUGAUCUGCGAACAAACAAGAGAAAUUCAUCUUUAAUAUUUUAAAAGAGGGGAAAUGAACGGGUCCAUAAUUGGUUUUUUUGAGACUAUGGGCGAUUGUGGGGGGUGGGGAAGGUUGAGCAUUUUCUAGUGACACGUCCGGGUUAUUAAAAUCAUUUUAGACCAAUUCAUUACUUUUACUGACAAGAGAUUUAAGAAAAAAUCAAUUAAGCAUUUGCAUAUUCCUUUGCAUACAUUAGUCCUGUCUGCCAGGCGUCAUAAAGGAACAAAACCAGAAGGGGACCUCGCUUCAGUUUGGAGCUUUCAAGUUGUUGGGGGGGGGGGGGCAGAAAUUAAAAUGGAAUUAAUUACUUGUCAUCUAGAAGUCAACUUAUUUAGAAAGGAAAAAGAGGGAGGGCUGUGGAAGUCUCUUUUCUUUCAAAAAAUCCUGCAGUUUGUGGAGUGGGGGAGGGGACGACCAUGAUCUUCUCUCCCAUUCUUUCCCUCCAACCAAAAAGACAAAAAAAAAAUCGCCAAAUCCAAAUUGAAGCACCCCUUCCUCCCCCCCACCCCCACACACUUUCUCCCUUGGAAAAGGAGGGAGUGGGGCAAGCCUAAAGGCUGAGGGUGGUUUUGUUUUUUUUUUUUUUAAGCAUCACAAAGUCUCAAGAGCUACUUAUGUUCUCGGGCCACAGAUUGUUAAUGGGAGGGGGGAGCGAAUAUAGGUUAUCCAACGGUCAAUAUGGUAAUGCCGGACACAAUAACGCCACACACACAAUGAACACUUAUUUUUCUUCAGUACUGUCAGAAGGGAAGCGCUUUGUACUGAAACAUGUUUCCGAAAAGAGAAACCAGAUCUAGACGCAGAGAAAGGCGACAGGAGGGGGGGGGGGGCACAGAGACCGUAAAUGCAGGGGGAAAUGUACCAAGCAAACAAAAAUAAAAUUAGGAAAUCGCAGGAUGGAUGCAUGUAUGGCUGGAGUGAGAGAUGGCUGCUUAGGAUAAGGCAAGGGGGAGGAGGAUGAGCUUAGCUGGCCAUGGGGGUGGGAAGGCAGAGGGGGGAAUACAAAAGGAUUGAGGAGAUUAGGAUGGAAGUGUUUUUCACACGCCAUGGAAGCCCCAGUGGCUCCUCUUUGGGUCCUGUGUACAAGCAGCAAAUCUAUAGAAGGAAGCAAGUUGGGGUAUGUGGAAUAUUCCAUGGUUGAACCAUGUAUGUCAUUAGAGGUAAAGAACCUAUGGAUAUGCUUGCCCACAAAAUAGCUUUCAAACCACAGGGAAAGUGUAUGCAGUUCUCAUCAAAUAUAUAUGUGUAUAUAGAGAAAUAGGUGUGUGUGCACAGAGUCCUAUCGCCGUCCAAGUGUGUGGCUAUCAGCACCCAGAUUUCUUUUCGGAUCCAAAAAUUCAUUGAGAUGUACAAAUAUGGUAUUAAAUCCCGGUGUGUGGGCAUCUUUAUGGCGCACAUGCUGGCAUUUAGCGUGAUGUCUGUGUGUAUAUUGUUAGCUAACAAUGUCGUUAAUAUUAGCUAAAUGCAGUUAAAUUCAAUCCCUGGCCCUGUGGGCAGGGUAGUCUCUGGAACACAGCCGUACCUGCAAAACCAGAAGAUUUUCAGGCAUGCAUCUGUGUGGUCCUCCGUGCAGAUAAGCAAUUGAGUCUAGCAAAGGUUAGUCUUUGGAAACAGGAAGGAGAGUGUGAGGAGUUUGGAGAGCAGAGGGCUGGGGCUGGGAAGAGAGAGUGAUAGAUGUUUCCAGAGAAAAUCUCAGUGGAUGAGUCCCCUAACAUAUGAUGAAAGCCAUUCCCCUCUGAUAUCCAUGCACAUAGAGAAAGUAUCUAUUUAUUUAUCUGUCUGCCUAUCUAUCUGACUAUCCAUCAGUUAUCCAUCCAUCAAUUAUGCAUCCAUCCAUCUCUCUCUCUCUCUCUCUCUCUCUCUCUCUCUCUCUCUCUCUCUCUCACUCUCUCUCUCCAUUUGUGAAGGUGUUUCCUCACUGGGAAGCUCCCUUAAAUGAUGAAGUCACAGGUGAGAGGGGAGGAAAUGAAGGAUGGAUAUAUAUUAUAUGUAAAUAUACACACAUGUAAAUGCAUGUGUAUGUAUACACACAGAUACAUGCACAUAUAUGCAUAAGACCUAUAUGUAUGUGUGUUUGCAUGUAUCCAGAAUGUUGAUAAGGAUCCAAGAGGAAGAUUCCACCAGCAUCAGGCCUAGAAAGGAGAUUCUGAAUAUUUGUGAAAAGCUUCUUCACCUUCUCUUCUCUCUCAGUCUCACCUGAUAGCAUCCUGACUUUUCAGUGUCCCAGCGGAGAAAACUGCUUUCCAGCCCAUGAUUAUUAGCCAGUCAUUCUCUCCCCUAGCCUGGAAUUCCUCUGCUUACCUCCUCCUUCCAACAGAAUCUUCCUUUCCCCCAAUUAAUCCCUGCUCCAACUCAGUAUGCUCAGAUCAGCCUCUCCUGCUCCCUCCCUCCCACCCCCAACCUAGUUUUUUCAACCAAGUUUGGAAACUCAGCCUCUGAUUUCCCAGAAUGGAUUAUUCAGGGCUCCGGGGAAUUCAAGCAUUCCACCCCAAUCCCAUUGAGGGUAUGUAUGUGUGUGCACCAGAAGGGUGCUUUCUCUCCCCUUCUGGGAGAAGGAAUGUGCCCCUUUCCCUACACACACUCCCUCACCCCCAUGCAUAGCCAAAGCUCCUAGUCUAUGGUAUGCACAACCUUGGUACUGAAGGAUAUAGGUAUAAUACUGGUGGGCAGGUGUGGUAGAAAAAGACUAGGAAACUCUUUGAUCUGAAGCCUUGGGUCAGAGGAGAAACAAAAAAGAGGAAAAUGGGAGUGGGUAGCACUUUCAAGAUGAAUAAACUUGUUUGCCAACAAUCAGAGCAGUGUAUAGCUGCUAUUUGGAGGUUUAAUUUGGUUUCUUUUUAUUCUCCUCUGUCCCCUCCCUUUCCCUCUUCGCCUCAAUCUCUUAAUGAGAGGGAGGGGGCUUAAUUUAGGGGGAGAGGAGAUCUUUCCCCCUCUCCCCAUCCAAGUUCUAGAAGCAGACGGGAUGAGCACUGACUCUCCCUGCUCUAGUCUCUCUCUCUCUCUCUCUCUCUCUCUCUCUCUCUCUCUCUCUCUCUCUCUCUCUCUCUCUCUCUCUCUCUCUCUCUCUCUCUCUCUCUCUCUCCCUCCCUCUCCCUCUCUCCCUUUCCUUUCCCCUUCCCAUUCCCUUAAUUGCAGAUGUUCUAAUUAAACCCUCAAAUAGUUGUUAUGCUGUUUUAAAAGGUACUUAUUCAAGUGUCAACCAGGCCGGGAGGGGAGGGGAGGCAGCCGUAGUGGCAGUGGCAGCGCAGGGUGGCGAAUUAAAGGUAGAUUGACUAAUCACGGCGGCGAUCAUAAUAAUAAAAUCAGAGGGGGAAAAAAUCACAUUAUGACUUUUCGUGGAAAGAAGGGAGCAGGCAGCGGCCGCCAGCAGCACGCCUACUCCGACACAAAGAGCCUCGGCGAUUCCCCUAGACUGAUUUAUGACGUUUUACAGCCCUAUAAAAGCUGCAGCGACGAGGCAAACGCUCCUACCACCGCUGGCAGAUUUAGUCUAAUAAAUAAAACAUAAACAGUUAACUUUAUGUGUCACUUUUAUUGUUAUCAAGUAAAAUAUAGCUGGGCCCGGCAAGCUAUGAUUUUAAACUAUAAUUGUUAUCGAGUACAACAAGGGGACCCGGCUCCCUCCCUUCCUGACUCUUCUCUCCUCUCCUCUUCCCUGCCCCCCUGCCCCCACCCCCCAAACCAGGACUUAUCCAGGGGCAGUUCCUUGGAAUCGAUGUCAUGAAGUGGCUUCUUCCGCUCAGGCCAGGGCACCGUGUAUUGGGCCUUCAUUUCCCCCACCUUGGUGGGGUUCCUACUUCUCUCCCCCUUCCCCCUUCUGGAAGCCGUCAGGGUGGUCUAAUUUGAGGGGAAUGGGGAUGGAGAAGGGCCUCGGUAGGCGUCUCCUCAGGUCCCAAUACCAGCCCCCCCCCCCAACUCUUUUCUCUCUUCUUCCUUGUCCCUCCCUUCCCGCCCCUUAGGCCCAGCUGAGUCAGAACCUAGUUCUGCAGACCAGAAUCUCUCCCCUUCCCCGGUUUCCAGUGCUCCCUCCACCAAAAGGACCCCACUCCUACCAGGCUCCCUGUCUCCCCCAAACUCUGGCUGCUAGGAGGACGGGGGAAGUUCUGCUCUUCUGACUCAGCCUUGAGCCAAGGGUGUUCUGGGAUGCAUGUGUGAGUGUGUUUACACACGUGUACCCUAGAUGCUGCCUUACACUCAACUGUCAGGUAUCCCCAUGAAAUCACACAGCCUUCUAUCACACCAAAAGGGAGUCGUCUGUGGGUAUAUGGCUCUCUGCAUCUCUUUGGGCAAUAGCUCCAGACGGAGGUCAGUCUUGGUCGAGUUCUGUAAAUGUUACCAGUUUUUUUCCUUCCCAAAUCUCAGAUGCAGACCUUUUAGAUGAUUUGCCAGAGCUGGAAAGCCAAGGUAGGACCCUGAAAAAAGUCCCACCAGUGAGAAUGGAAGGCAAGGUGAAGCUCUGCUUCUAGGGGGAGAGGCUGUGAGAAUGGGGGAGCCCAGAGGAAGAGUUCUGAAUUCUGCCUUUUUCCAAAGACAUAGCAUCUCUCUCCAGCCAAGUUAAGGGUAUCCAGACCUUCAGGCAUGACAUCAAAGUCAUUCGCACACAGCCAGCUCUACCUGCCAGGUAAAAUUCUUUCUCCCCACCCCCCUCCCCACAGGCAGAUUGGGAGGGAGAGGAGGGCUGGAAAGAGCGCGUCUGAGUGGGGCAGAGAAGGGCAUGGAUUCUGAUCUUCUCAGCCUCUCUGGCUCAGUCUGGUGCCUUCUUCCACCCAACCUCCAUUCCCAGUCCCCUGCUCCAACUUCACACUCUUCAUGGGAAAAGGGAGAGCUGCUCCUCGACCUAGACAGACUGAGACACACAACCAUUAAUGUAUUCAUUGGGGGGUGAAAAUACAUCCAAACGAGGAGACGCGAAGCAACUGGGAUGUGGGGCUCCCUCACACCAUCUUCCUACGCCCCAAAUCAGAUUCUCCUCCUUUCUGCCUGGGACUGCCUGGGGGGCUCCCCUCGCCUUCUUGGGCUGGAGGGAUCCAACUGGGUGAGGGCUUGAAGGGAGACACCCCAGUUCCGGGCAGCCUGGGGCUGGUCUCCCCCUGACAAAGCCCCCCACACACCCCCACACCACCACCACCAGGAAAAAAAUUGGAUACAUUUUGAAUAAAGCGAUUCUGUUCCUUAUCCGGGGACUAGGUUGCUUGGCGUGAUUGGCCGGCGGAGUCACAUGGUGAAAGUAACUUUACAGGGUCGCUAGCUAGUAGGAGGGCUUUAUGGAGCAGAAAAACGACAAAGCGAGAAAAAUUAUUUUCCACUCCAGAAAUUAAUGAUCAUGAGCUCCUAUUUGAUGGACUCUAACUACAUCGAUCCGAAAUUUCCUCCAUGCGAGGAAUAUUCGCAAAAUAGCUACAUCCCUGAGCAUAGUCCGGAAUAUUACGGCCGGACCAGGGAAUCAGGAUUUCAACAUCACCACCAAGAGCUGUACCCACCACCACCUCCACGGUCUAGCUAUCCCGAGCGCCAAUAUAGCUGUACCAGUCUCCAGGGACCGGGCAAUCCGAGAGGCCACGGGCCGGCUCAGGCGGGGCACCAUCACCCCGAGAAAUCGCAGCCGCUCUGCGAGCCAGCUCCUCUCUCCGGCUCCUCCACUUCCCCCUCCCCAGCCCCGCCAGCCUGCAGCCAGCCAGCCCCAGAUCAUCCCUCCAGCGCCGCAUCCAAGCAGCCCAUAGUGUAUCCAUGGAUGAAAAAAAUCCACGUUAGCACGGUGAACCCCAAUUAUAAUGGAGGGGAACCCAAGCGUUCGAGGACAGCCUACACCCGCCAGCAGGUCCUGGAAUUAGAAAAAGAGUUUCAUUACAACCGCUACCUGACCCGGAGGAGAAGGAUCGAGAUCGCCCACUCGCUGUGUCUCUCCGAGCGGCAGAUCAAAAUUUGGUUCCAAAACCGUCGCAUGAAAUGGAAGAAGGACCACCGGCUCCCCAACACCAAAGUCAGAUCGGCCCCACCGGCCGCCGGAGCGGCGCCCAGCGCCCUGCCCGCCACCACCCCCGGCCCUACUGAAGACCAUUCCCAAAGCUCAACACCACAGGAGCAGCAGCGAGCAGAGGACAUUACCAGGUUAUAAAACAUAAAUCACACCCCCUCGCCCCCGUCCCCACCCCACCCCCACACAAAUUGACUCUUAUUUAUAGAAUCUAAUAUAUAUAAAUAUAUAUUUUGGUUCUUUCUCCCCCCUCCCCCCCCCACCUCUCGUCCUUCGCUUAUUCCAAACAGAAACAACAACAGCUACGUGGAAACGAGCCCCCACCCCCUCCCCAUCCCUUCUCUCCCUUCCACUGUUAAGGACCCUUUGAAGCAUGUGAUGUUGUCUUAGCAUGGUACCUGCGGGGCUUUUUUUAGGCCGUUUGGGGGUUUUAUUUAUUUUUUAAGAAAAAAAAGAAGCAAAAAAAGACACAAAAACAAAAGAGAUUAUAUAUUGCAAGGUGCGAUGGUCCGGGGCUGGGGAAUUCGCAGGGGGAAAGAGGGAAGGGAAAGGAAAGAGACGUUUUUAGGCCAAUUCUUCUGUUUCUUCUUUUCCUUUUUUCCCCCUUAGGCCUUUUGCAUUGAGAAAUGCAUCAGGGGAGGUGAGGGAGGGGAAGUCAUUUUAAGGAGAACAAAGCUAUGAAGUUCUUUUGUAUCAUUGUGGGGGGGGGAGUGGGAGGAGAAGGGGGGGAAGGCAGCAGACAAAGCUAAAUGCAUCUCGGGAGCCUCUCCUAGCUGUUCAGUUUGAGGAGCCAAAAGAAUAUCAAAAAGAACUUUCCGUUCUGAGACGGAAACUCCAGCCCUUAGGUAGGACCGGCCCCCCCCCCCCCCUCGUGCUCAUUGUGGUUUGGGGACUGAAUUUCCUUGGUUAUUGUAAAACUUGCAAUAAAGAAUUUUAGUGUUGGUGUGAAGUGCCCCGUGAUCAAUAAUAAACCAGUGAAUGUGAAUUAGUUUUA